AAUAAUGCUAUUUAACAUAAUUUUUUUUACAGACAUGGGGAUUAAAUUUUUCCUGCUCUACAUUGGCAUUCUAAAUGCAAAUGCAGUCAGUGGUUGCCCAUUAGGCCGGGAGUUCAUCACUACCUUCAUGCCUAAUUAUAACGUUAAUGAUGGCUCAGCCAUACCCAGGCUUACCAUCACAGCCCACGAGGCCUCAGCUCUUGUUACAGUCGAAAUCAAGGGGCUCAAUUAUAGAGAAACACUAAGUAUAAACAGAGGUUCUACCAGCUACAUCACCCUCCCAGCCAGAGCUGAGAUUGGUCAAGCUGGAGUCUCAGCCAAAACAGUGCUGAUUACCUCUAAUACAGACAUCUCAGUGGUGUCCUCUCACAUCAAAUCGUAUACUGGGGACAGCAGUGUGAUCUUUCCCAAUCACCAACUUGGCAAGAGCUAUGUUGCCUUCACUCCAGAAGGACCUUCCUUCAAUAAGAUUGUGGCUAUCGUCAAUGGCAAGGAAGCCAACACAAUUAAUAUUCUACCAUAUUUCAACCUCCAGCUUCAAAACAAUGUACACUUGCAGCAAGGAAUGAUGAAGUCUAUUAAAUUAGGUCCUUAUGAAGUUUAUCUGCUUCAGAGUAUGAAGACCUUAACAGGAACUAAGAUUGAGUCUCAGUUCCCUGUAGCCGUCCUGGGAGGACAUGAGUGCCUCGCAAUCACUGGUACCUGCGAGCAUGUCUAUGAACAGCUGGUGCCAAUAGAGUUGCUCUCUGAUGAGUACUUAGUCCCUCCCAUGCAUGGCUUAUCUUUUGCCCAGGAUAAAGUACAUGUUAUUGCAACUGAGGAUAAUACUGAUGUGACAGUUUUUCAUGGCCCAUUAUCCCAGAAAACGUCACUUUCUUCUGGAGAACUUCUUGAUGCUUCAGUUACUUUGCCAACAGUGAUCCGAAGCAAUAAAAAGAUAAUGGUUAUGUUUUCCAGUUCCAACCUCCCCAAUGAUGAGUUCUUGACUAACAUAAUUCCUGUAUCACAAAUGUCCAAAACAUGGACUGUUUAUGGACAAGAUACGUAUGACAAUUAUGCUGUUGUUGUCUCAGAGGAGGACCGCAGUCAAUCUAUUUUGGGUGUCUUGCAAGUUUUUCCUGCCAACAUGAAGUAUAGAUGGGCAAUUAAACCAAUGGGUAAAACAAAAGGCCCUUUCACCAUAGCCAGUGACAAACCACAAGCUGUCUAUGUUUAUGGUGGGAAAACCAGGCAUGGUUAUGCCACAACAGGAGUGUGCAACGAGCCUUCUCCACCACCACCUCCGCCAAAUCCCUGCGAGUCUGUUAAAUGCCGUUGGAGACAGAGGUGCGAGAACGGUGUCUGUGUCAAUGUUGACACAUCAACAUGUUGGGCUACCGGGGAUCCACACUACAGAACUUUUGAUGGGAAACGAUACGAUUUCCAGGGCACGUGCACCUACACCAUGGCUACUACUGUAAAAACUGAGAAAGGCCUUGUCCCCUUCACAGUUUUGGCAAAGAAUAAUCGCAGGGGGAGUAAUUUGGUGUCCUAUGUGAGGACUGUAUCACUAAAUGUGUACAAUCAUACAAUAGUUGUCAGUAAAACAAGGGGUGUUGUUGAGGUGGAUGGUGAAAUCACUUACUUGCCUGUACAUCUCGCUGAAGGAAAGAUACAAGUGGUGCAAAGUGGUUGGAAUGCCCUCAUAACGACAGACUUUGGCUUAGAGGUGAAAUAUGACUGGAACAUGAUGCUAUACAUAACAGUGCCCAGCACUUACUUUGGGUCACUUGGUGGACUUUGUGGAAACUACAAUGGAGACUGGGGAGAUGAGCUGUUAGACCCCAAGGGAAGGAAACUUGACACUAUCCUGAUGUUUGCCAAGAGCUGGAAAGUUUCAGACAAUGACUUGUUCUGCCAUGAUGACUGUCAGGGCAAGUGCCUCCUCUGCUCACCUGAGCUUAAAGAAACAUAUAGUGCAAACAAUUACUGUGGUCUCAUGGCAGAACAAAAAGGGCCAUUUGCCAAGUGCCACAAGACUGUUGACCCAAGUGCAUACUUAGACAAUUGUGUGUACGACGUGUGCAUCAACAGAGGCAUUAGACAUUUACUCUGUGAAAACAUGCAGAGCUAUGCUGAGGCUUGUAUGGCAGCUGGAGUGAAGAUCGAAGCCAACUGGAGGAUUCUGUCUGAGUGUUCAUUGCAAUGCCCAGUAAACAGCCACUAUGAGCCUUGUGGAACAGCAUGCCCUGCCUCCUGUGCAGAUCAAGAUGCACCAAGCAAAUGUGAAAAGCCUUGUUUGGAGGGCUGCCAGUGCAAUAAAGGUUUUGUCCUCAGUGGAGACCAGUGUGUGGCAUUGGCGCAAUGUGGCUGUACCUAUAAAAAUCGUUAUUAUAUUCCUGGUGUGACAUUCUGGGGUGACCAGACCUGCAAUCAGAAAUGCUCCUGCAUAUCAGGACAGGUCAAGUGUGUAUCCACAAAGUGCAAGAAAUCCGAAGAGUGUAAAGUCCAGAAUGGUGUGAAGGGUUGCUAUCCACUAUCCUAUGGGCAUUGUGUGGGCAGUGGAGAUCCACACUAUUUAACCUUUGACAGGAGGCGCUUUGAUUUCCAAGGUACUUGCACAUAUUACCUUUCUAAACUGGUCGACACAUCUGACAAGGCACUGGUGCCCUUCGAAGUUCUUGUCAAGAAUGAAAACAGAGGACUGAAUAAGGCUGUUUCCUUCACCAAAACAGUGGAGAUCAAAAUUUUUGGCUACACUAUUAUCAUGACUAAAGACUAUUUUGGUAAAGUGUUGGUCAACAACCUGUUUGUAAAUUUGCCAUUUGAGACAGAGGAUGGUCAGCUAUCCAUAUUCCACAAUGGUUACUUUGGAGUUGUUCAAACAAAUUUUGGCAUGAAGGUCAAAUUUAACUGGGGUAGUUACGUUGACAUCACUCUCCCCAGCACAUACAGUAACCUGGUAGGAGGUCUCUGUGGUAAUUGGAAUGGAAACACAAAUGACGACCUGGCCUUCCCAAACAAAGUCAUUACAACAAACCCAACUACAUUUGGAAACAGCUGGAAAGCCAGAAAUGAUUCUGAUUGCUCGGAAGAGUGCAAAGGCCAAAAGUGUCCCAAAUGUGAUGCUGCUGAAAGGAAUAAGGAUGUUUUCACAAAACCUUGUAGCCUGAUUACAGACACAAAUGGCCCAUUUAAAGCAUGCCAUAGCCAAAUCAAUCCCACCAAGUUCUAUGAAGACUGCGUGUAUGAUCUGUGUAUGUACGGUGGUCAUUCUACAGCCCUCUGCGGUGCACUUACAGCCUACACGGCUGCAUGCCAGGAAGCACUCGUCAUCGUGGGGAAAUGGAGAACUGAUCGUUUCUGUCCUGCAUCCUGCAAAGCGAAUAGCCACUAUGAUGUGUGUGGUGCUGGAUGUCCCCAGACCUGCAAUGGCUUCACAGAGCCCACGGCUUGCCAGCGUGCACCCUGCACUGAAGGCUGUGUGUGUGAUGAUGGAUUUGUCCUGAGCAACAGCGAGUGUGUGCCAAUGGAGCGAUGUGGAUGUGCGUAUGAAGGCCAGUACUAUAACCUGGGCCAAGCCUUUUACCCCAAAGGCAAGUGCAGUGAGAGGUGUGUCUGUGAGGAGCAAGGAAAAGUCACAUGCAAAAACGAUUUCUCCUGCGGCCGUAAUGAGCAAUGUGAAAUCCGUGACGGGAUUCAAGCCUGCUAUCCUGAUGGAAAAGGAUCUUGCUCAAUCUCUGGAUCUGGGAUCUACAACUCAUAUGAUGGAAACCAGAUCAGUGUACAAGGGAACUGUUUGUACAGAUUGGUGGAAACAGUCCAGACUGCAGAUGUGAAGAUAAUACCUUUCAGUGUCACAGUGCAGGAAGUAUCAUCUGACAUAGUGGUCACAAGAAGAAUCAACAUAAAUUUAGAUGAUUAUAUGAUUGCCCUGAUUCCUGGACAUCCAUGGGAAAUAAGGGUGGAUGAUGUUAAAGUUUUUCUCCCAGUAACACUCGAAGAAGGACUGGUGAAGGUCUAUCAGGGUGGUGCAUUCAUUAUCUUGGAAACCUCUUUUGGACUGAAGGUGACCUAUGACACCGUGUCAAUGGCCACAGUUGAACUCCCUUCCACAUACAAAAAUGCUGUUCAAGGUCUGUGUGGUAAUUAUAACGACAACAAGGCAGAUGAUUUACUAACACCAGAUAGUAAGCAGGCUUCCUCCGCUGAGAAAUUUGUGGAAGCAUGGCAGAUAAUUCAGGAAGGAGUGAACUGUCACACAGGGUGUCCACCAGGCUCGACAUGCCCAGAGGGUGGAAAAGGAGGCCAAACAGAUAAAGACAGUGACUGCAAGAUCCUAACUUCAAAGAAAGGCCCAUUCUCUAAUUGUCAUUCCAAAAUUCCACCUUUACCAUUCUAUGAUGCGUGUGUAAAGGAUGUUGUAUCACAACCAAAGGACAAGACACUUGUUUGCAGACAUCUCCAAAACUAUGUGGUUCGCUGUCAGCAAGCUGGUAUCUCCAUCAGCAGCUGGAGGAAUGCAACCUUCUGCCCAAUGACCUGUCCUGAAAAAAGUCACUACGAGCUAUGUGCGGACACUUGCACAUCAACUUGUGCCAGCCUUACCGUGUCACCUAGUUGUUCAGAGUGUCUUGAAGGCUGCCAGUGUGAUGAAGGCUUCGUCUUUGAUGGAGGAGAUUGUAAGCUUCUAGAAGAUUGUGGUUGUUUGGUGGAAGGAAAAUAUUACAAGUCUGGGGAAUCAGUAGUCCAAAGACAGUGUAAAGAGACAUGCACCUGUAAGGCUGGUCAAUUCUCAUGUCAGUCCACGGACUGUAAGGAAGAGGAGGUCUGUCGCAACCAGGACGGUGUUCCAACAUGUGUGUGGGAUCCCUGCAGCAAGACAACAUGUCGUCAAAAAGAAGAAUGUGUGGAGAAGAACAAGAAGGCAGUGUGUGUGCCCACUUCAAAGGCCUCAUGCCUAGUUACUGGAGAUCCUAAUUAUCAAACUUUCGAUGGAAACAAAUUCACUUUUCAGGGUA